CAAGACGAGGUCUUCAAACCCUUUCUGCAGGGCGAGGUCGCGCUACAUUCCCAUGCUCCUCUUCCACCGCAGGAUCGCGAACCUCCUACAGGAAUUCCCUCCGGGAUUCCUCCUCCCACCAUCCCCUGCCCCGCGCCUUUACCAAGAUGGCGGCGAGCGCACUUCCGGCGUGUGUUCUUAAGGGUGCGUCCGGGUGGCUGCUGCAAGUGUCACCCAGAGGGUUCCAGCCUCUGUGCUGUAUAGACUACAGCGGUGAUGGCGGGCAGGCGGUUUGGCUGGAGCCGGGCGGCUCUUCUCCAGCUCAUUCUUGGUGUGAACCUGAUGGUGAUGCCACCCACCCAGGCCCGGACUCUGCGUUUCGUUACCUUGCUGUACCGACAUGGAGACCGCUCUCCAGUGAAGACGUAUCCCAAGGACCCCCAUCAGGAAGACAAAUGGCCCCAGGGCUUUGGUCAGCUAACCAAGGAGGGCAUGCUGCAGCACUGGGAGCUGGGCCAGGCUCUGCGACAGCGCUACCGUGGCUUCCUCAACGCCUCUUACCACCGGCAGGAGGUUUAUGUGCGAAGCACAGACUUUGACCGGACGCUUAUGAGUGCGGAGGCCAACCUGGCUGGACUCUUCCCGCCCGACGGGAUGCAGCGCUUUAACCCAAACAUUUCUUGGCAGCCUAUCCCCGUCCACACCGUGCCCAUUGCCGAGGACAGGCUGCUGAAGUUCCCCUUGGGCCCAUGCCCCCGCUUUGAACAGCUGCAGAAUGAGACCCGGCGGACGCCCGAGUAUCAGAACGAGAGUGUUCAGAAUGCACAAUUCCUGGAGAUGGUGGCCAAUGAGACGGGGCUCACGGACCUGACGCUGGAGACCGUCUGGAAUGUCUACGACACACUUUUCUGCGAGCAGACACACGGGCUGCCCCUGCCGCCCUGGGCCUCGCCCCAAACCAUGCAGCGUCUGAGCCGGCUGAAGGACUUCAGCUUCCGCUUCCUCUUCGGGAUCUACAAGCAGGCAGAGAAGGCCCGGCUGCAGGGGGGUGUCCUGCUGGCUCAGAUACGGAAGAACCUGACGCUGAUGGCAACCACCUCCCAGCUCCCUAAGCUGCUGGUCUACUCUGCGCACGACACCACGCUGGUGGCUCUGCAGAUGGCGUUGGGCGUCUACAACGGUGAGCAGGCCCCCUAUGCGUCCUGCCACAUGUUUGAGCUGUACCAGGAGGACAGUGGGAAUUUCUCGGUGGAGAUGUACUUCCGGAAUGAGAGUCACAGGGACCCCUGGCCCCUGACCCUGCCCGGCUGCCCCAACCGCUGCCCGCUGCAGGACUUCCUCCGCCUCACGGAGCCGGUCGUGCCCAAGGAUUGGCUGCAGGAGUGCAAGCUGGCGGGCGGGCCUGCAGACACAGGUUCACAUAUCCAGUUGCAGACUUGAGGUCUCUACGUGGAUGUCCACUAAGGCAUCUCACAGUGGAAGUCUAAAUCCAUACGUUCUCCCUGCAGGCCGCCCCGCCUUAGUAGAUGCAGCCUCAGCCACAGAGGUGCACAGCAUAUCCCGAGGUGCUAUUCCAAGUGCCCCCUUCCUCAGACCCCCACCUCCAAACCACCAGCAUAUCCUGCCAGUCCAGUCUUUAAAAUCCGUGCUCUGGCUCCCUAGCUCAGUCUACCAUCUCUUGCCGGAAGUACUGAAAAGCUUCCUAAUGUUCUUUCUGAUUUUGUUCUUGGCCCUACCAGUCUGUCAGCACAGCAAAGUUAAAUUUUUUAAAAACACGAAUCGGUGCACAUCACUACCCUUCUCAGAACUGUCCAGUGGCUUCCCGUCACUUGGGACAAAACCCACGUGCUUCACUGUGGCCUCCCAGGCCCUGCUCAGUCUGCUCUGGUGAUACUCUUUCCUAGACCAUGUCAAGCUAAUUCUCUCUUGCAUUUGCUUCCCCCUCCCCCCCGGCUCCGCCCACUGGCCUGAGGACACGCCUCUCAGAUCUGUGUCUCACUCAGUGACUCCAAGGCUCAGGUCAGUUUGUUGCUUUCUCGGCGACACCCUGCCUGUGACCUGCCUGGCUUUGGUUCUCUCGACGGCAUCUGCCACUAACCUGCCCUUUCUGUCAGUUGCCUGUCAUGGCGCCUCCUCUCCUAGAAGGGAAAAGCCACAUGGGAGACUGCGCCUCAGCCGCCUGCGGUCUCCCGUUGUGGGAACGGCACCUGGCAUGUGGCAGGCGCCCCAACACUUGCUGAACGAACACUGACGUGACCUUUCUCUCCUCCCCCGGUGCCGUGCUCAGAGGUGAUCGUGGCCUUGGCCGUCUGCGGCUCCAUCCUCUUCCUUCUCAUAGUGCUGCUCCUUACCGUCCUCUUCCGGGUGCAGGCCCAGCCUCCUGGCUACCGCCACGUUC